GAACAGAAGUAUUGAUUCAUUUGUUCUGAAAGAACUAGUAACAAAGCAGACCUAGACUGUGGAAAGUUAACGAGAAGGUAAGACUCGAUCAAAUCUUGUCCGCGAUUGCAGAGUAGCUCGUAGUGGAAGCGCGCCAAAGAUCAAAUUUUACAUAGUUCGUGUAAGACAACAAAUGUUUUCAUCGUUUUUUAUUGUACUUUCUGGUGGACGUGCGCUUAAUUUUCCUUGCUACGUAAAGUGCGUUAAGCUUUAGUUGAUGUUUUUGAUAUCCACAUCAGAUUUCAAAGCCGCUACGGGCGUAUUAUAUAAUUAAAUUGGAAGCAUUGUUAUGUUCAAUUACGGUAUCGAUCGAUGCAUGAAUACCGCCAUUAUGCUAAAAUAUUAGUUGAUGCAGGGCGACAAAACGCAGAUUAGUUUUCUUAUAAAGGCUUGCAUUUUAAUUUCGCUUUAAUUGCGCUGGUCUUUGUUUCCUUUGACGUUAAAUUAUCUUUUCCUCCCAAGCUUUGCGGCUUCUGAGUUCGAAUAUUGAGCGAUGGUCACGUAUUGCAGCAAUGCCUGUGUUUUAAGCUGUUGAUGUUUAAAUGAUUUAUGCCCUUUUGUAGGGGCCGAGAUUGUCAUAGGCCAGCUGAGAGGCGACAAAUUUAUUUUUAACUAGCCACUAACCUCACUAACCUGAAAAGUCUUUAGCUAGGCAAGAUUGAUCUAAGAUCCUGCUGAAAGGCACAUUCCAUGUUUUAUCCACCGUGACCCCCUUCCCCCUUUCGGAAGGCAUGAGGAUGACAGGAUUUUUACAGAUUCCGACAUGCUCCCCUCACAGGAUGCGUAGCAAGCGUUUCCGAUCGAGUUAUUGCGCGAAAGUUGGAGCGAGAGCAGAAAAAAAUAAAUGGAAAAAGGAGGAGAAUUCAUUUCCCUUUUUUGCUCUCGUCCCGACUCUCAGCUCGCACGGAACCAUUGGCCACGAACCCUCUAUAAGAUAAAAUAGUGAUUCGGGUCCCUAAUAGUAUCUGGACAACGGUGUAGGCUAUUCCAGGCAUACAUACACAACCCCACUUCGUAUUUUUCUUUGCGCAUUCCUCACUAUCUGAACUUAUAAAACAGGCUAACAUUCUUAGACCUAGGAUAGCCUGUGAGUAGGCUCACUCUUUAUUCUCAACGGCUUUGCCGGCUUGGCCGCCAAAAUUGUCCAUGAACUCGCACAAAUGAGCCGGCGAGCAGGAUAGAACUAGGGAAUCAUCGUUUUUGUGAGACUGUUAUUAUGACGUGGAGUAUUUUAAUGGAAAGGGAUUUGGUUCCUAUGUGGCCAUCAGAAAGAAAUUUUAAGACUAUUUUAAUACUAUAUCCUUACCAUUAAGUCCAUUUGAGUUGUGGACUGUGCUUUAUCUUUGAUCGCUUUGUUCACAAUGAACAUGCUUUUCAAAUGCAAAAUUUACGACUUUUUGAAUAGAUCAACUGAUUACAGAAAAACGCCCAACAUAAUGAGCGUGACAUUAACUUUGUUGUGAUGUGUUUGUUUUGUGAAAGUGGUUUUAGAAACUUUUGCAGAAAUAUAGAAAGACAGAUAGACAGCCGCUUGAGGGGUGGUUAAAUGAACGAAACUAAAAAACAAAAACUUAAAGCAUAAAGAUAAACUAAGUUGUCGAGCUAGAGUGCGAACACAGACAUAUUUCCGGUCGUCGCUUCCCUCCACCCGAAAAGUAACUUACUUUUUGAGUGGAGAGAAGCGACGACCGGAAAUACCUCUGCAUUCGCACUCUAUAUAUACUAUUCUAAAAUGCGGGACACGAAAUGAUGGUUAAACCUUGGGACGUGGAGCCGAGCUUGUGUUAUGUAGGAAACCGUGUGGCUGCUUUUUCAAAAUAUGGUUAGCCUGCCAGCAAGCUCAGUAAGUUGCGAGAAGUCAGCAGGACGCUCUUGCGCGUUCUCUCGCUGCUCGCCUUGGUUGCUACAAAUGGAGAGCUUGCUUGGGGACAAAGAUAUGGUUUGGAUUAUGGCCGGGUAUUUUACAAGCGUACCAAUCUCAUGUAACCAGGGCCUUAACGUAGGGUUCUCCGGAAGCUUAGGCGAUUGGAUCGCUGUAUCUGAAAAAAAAAAAAAUUAGUGAGGAAACGUAAAAAGUUGAACCUUCAUUAAGGACAUGAAGCGGCCACCCUCGAGGUAUCGGUAAGUGGCCGGUUAAUGGGGGUUGGCCGCCGAAUAGAGGUUUGUCAUAAAUUAGCCUAAUCUUUAACAGAGUCUGAUCACUUUACAGUAUUUUGAAACAAACACGCGACGGGCGAAGCGGCAUUACUGGUCCACAAUCCCGGGUCAACAAUCAGUUGUAACCCCUCUAUCUCGUGCGCGGCAUUUUCCGUCACCACAUUUUAAUACUAAAGCCAAACGAAGUGUAUCCAGCGCUUGAUGACCGCUUAGUAGAGUUGACAACAACUUAAGGAGAACCCUCUUCGGGAUGCCCAAAUGGUUGCCGCGGCCGCUUAAUGGGGUUGCUGCUUAAAAGAGGUUUCAUUUACAAAUCAUUUGCACAAUAAUUUCGGGUUUUCGACUGCUUUUAAAAUAGAGGGUUGCCGUUAAAUGGAGGCUCAACUGUAUAGUUUUUUUAAUGGAAAAAUUGAUCUGUUGUAUUUGUUUCUCCACACCUCUGUUCGCUAACAAGAAACUUAUGAUGUGAAGACUGAAACAGGCCGGGGUUACUUAAAGGUUCCAUCAUUAUGAGAGGAACUCUUUUCAUGGUCGCUCACUUGCGCCCUGAAACUCACUUUUCAAGGCCCCCCAAACUGAAUUUUCCCGGGGUAAACCACUGAACUCUCUCUCGCAAGGAGAGAGGGAUAACCCUCUACACGCGCGGUUUUUUAGUGUGUUCUUCGUUUGUGGUGGGUAAAGUAAGAGACAAAGCCAAAAUGUAAUCGACGACAUACGAGAAAACGUUGGAGGAGGAGGCGAGGGGCCCUGCUCCAUCGUUUUCUCGUUUGAUCUCUUCCUUUACGAAACGCGUACGAAAAACACACGAAAAAACCGCCUGUAGCUUGCGUAACAGGUUUGUUUUUUAGGUCGAAAGAAGAAAGCCUCGAGGACGCGCGAGGAGAGAUUAAAAAGGAGAGGAGGCUCCUCUGCCCUUCGCGAGUUCCCCUCGCGCAGCCUUAAAAAAAUAACCGGCGCCGCUUAAAAAUGCGUUAAGGCGCUCCAGAUAUUUUCAUUUUUUCAGUGUUAGUCCUACUUUAAAUUUUCUAGCGACCAUGAAAAACUGCGGUGAUGGAUCGAUUUUAGAUGUGGAAACUGUAUCUUUGAGAGUCAAAUAGUCACUGGGAUAUAAGACGUAAUUUGCAAACUCUCAUUAGUUUGCUUGGUUUCUUGUUGUCUACAGCAGGUGACACGGCGCUGGAAUGACUGAACUAGUGUUACAUGAGGCAGCCGUCAAUGGUGAAUGGCAGACACUAGAGAGCAUGCUGAUGAUUCACCGAAUAGAUAUUGACCACAAAGACGAAGACUUUGGCGACCGGACAGCUCUUCACUGGGCAGCUUCUAAAGGUCAGUAGACAGCAAUUCCGGACAUAAGAAUUUAGAUUUACGUAAAUGAUCUAAUACCUAGCCUCCCCCGCAGACAUUCUUAGGCGUGCGUCACGCGUUCCUUCCCCACACGAACGCCUAAGAAUGUCUGCGGGGGAGGCUAAUAGAUGCCAAGGGUGUUUAGUUACUGUUAGGGGUCCAAGAGGAGGCGACUAGUAGAAAGGAGGCAACGACGACGGCGACGGCAACGAGAACUUCAAAAAGGGAAUGUUAUUUAUUUCAACAGCGACGUUCUUGUCGCUGCGCCACCGUCUUUGUUUGCUAAAGCUUCCUAAUAUCAGCUUUAACUGGUAAAUGUAGACAGACUGUGUUAAAUGAAGUUGAACAUCAACGUGGUUAGAAAAAACGCCAGUGGAAACCUUUUCAAAGAAACAGGCUUGGAAAUCUAAACAUUUAUAGCGGAAGUCUCCCUCGCGGUGGUAAGUAGUGACUUGUAGUCACGUGACCUUACGUCCGUCCGUCCGUCCGCCUGCCCGCCCGCCCGCCCGUCCGUCUGCACCAAAGGCAUACCAAUGUAAAGUAACUCAAUCAACAGGUAUUGCAACCCAAAUGUAACUCGGGAUUUUUUUGGCGGGAAAUUUCAUGGUCACCAAUAAGGAGAAAAAGGAAAGCGGAAAUUAUUUCUUUGUCCGUGUUGUCUAUGGUACUAAGCCUAGAUUAAUUGCCAUGUCGACAAAUUUGGAAUAUAGAGAAAGAGAAAGGCAGAGACUGAAACGAGAAAGUGGGCGACAAGCUAGCGAAGCUCAACGAGAAAAAGAGCGACAGAGAGCUAGUGCGAGAGACAAAAAACAAAGGAGACGAAUUUCGUUGGAAGAACAACAUGAAUAUUUUGAAGUGGCGUUCUCGUUGCCGUCGCCUUUUAGCAUUACAGUCAACUCCCGCUAAGACGGACACCUUUGGGGACCGGGACCGGCAGUAAGUGUCCGUCUUAGAGAGAUGUCUUAUAGAGAGCCAAAUAAAGAGAGUAAAGAAAGGCAGGGACCAACUCUAGGUGUCCGUUUUAGGGAGGUGUUCGUCUUAUAGAGGUGUCCGUUGAGAGGGAGUCGACUGUAGACGAUUUUAUUUUUUCAGUAAAUUAUAAGCAUAUUAACGAGAGCUUCGAUUUUAGCCCUGGCUAAAUCUAUAUAUUAGACCCAGCUUGAUAUUCAUGAUCCAUGAUCGGUUAGACCAGCCUGAGAAGGAACUCAGGGUAGAGCUGUUCCCGCCGAGAAAUAAUUUCUGCUUGGCAGUAAGACCGCUCAAUUAAAGUACUAAAGACGCAUUGUUACAGGAUUGGCCUACUAAAAGACUAUUCCUAAGGUUCAUCACUCAGUGCCCGAGAUUGCGUUUCUUGCGGCUGAAACACUUACACGUGUUUGUAUUCCACUUCGUUACCUCAUUACGCGGCGCCACAGAGCCAGGUCUUCUUUUCCCUCCUCCUUUCCACUUCUUUUUUGCACUUUGACAAACUUUUUUGAGAAUACAAACGCCUUUAAAUUUUGAAAUGGAGUGUCUAGACAGCAAUUCUAGACCGAGAGCGGUCGUGCUUCUGUCCUCAGAGCCACGUGCAGCGUAAAAAGGUAAAAUUAUGGAAAUUAAUGGUAAAAAGGAGGAGAGAUUGGGGCGAGGAGAGAAAGAAGUACUAAUGAUCAAACGUCGAACUUUUCAUGAGACGAACCCGUCGAACUUAACUAAGUGGCGAACUAACUUGAAAAGACAAAAAAUUUGGCCACGCUGCUCGCCACCCUUGCGUGCUCUCGAUCUACUGUGACACACACACAAAAAGAGACUGCUCGCAGUGUACAGCAAUUCCUUAAUUGAAGUGUCAAUGCCAAAAAAUGUUUGAACCAUUAAAAGUGUCAACGAUUUAAAAACGAACAUCUAAUUAUAGUCACUGCUUUGACCUCCCAACUGGAAACGGAAACUCCAUUUUCUACCUGUUCAUCCGAGCAACGCGGAGGCGAAAGCGAGGGUUUUUAGAGCAAAGGCAGUACCGUCUUAUGAUCACGAGUGUUAGCUACCCAACUGUUAGCUUCAAACUAUUUAUUUUUCUUUCAGGACAGGCUAUGUGAUGGGAAGUUUCCACAAACGCUUUUCAAACUUGCUUUGCACUGAAAUAGGCACAGAAUACUAGUAGUGAGCACUUUAAAUGACUAUAGCACUCGAUCUGUUUUCAAUACGCAAGUUCCUAAUGAGGAAUUCAAGCGAAACCACUUAAGCUGUCCCAGGAGGGCGGCUACCUUAAUGACCGCGAGCUGAAAAUCAAUAUUCUUUGUUUGUUCACCCUCGAGAAACAAUACCCUCUCAGACACUUGUACAAGAACUAGAGACUCGAUGCAAUAAUUGUACAUUUUAAUAAUUUGUUCGCUACUCGUUAAGCUCACUACACUCCUACAAGAAGCUCCCGGCUAGCGUUAUUGAUCGUCGUUAAAGUUUUGCGGCCUGUUUUUUGAAGAGGUAUGACGAAUCAAGAGAAACCGGCGACUAAAGCUUUGUUUAACAACAGCCACGACUUGCUUUUACACGAAACUUGUGCACUGGGAGAUGACGGAAAACUGGAAGAGUUAGGAAGUUUUAUCCGCGGCGGAAAGAUAGAUGUUAAUUCGAGAGAUGAAGAAUGGGGUGACAGGACAGCGAUGCACUGGGCAGCUCUUAGAGGUAGAGAGUUUAGACUGAUGCCAAGUUAUUUCAAUCUGUUUCUCUAGGAGGAUUAAUUUGUCUGAAAGUUAUUUAAAGUUUUGAAGACAUAAUUACACGGAGUUUUCUUCCCCUUCAUAAUCUCAAUUUACCCUUGGCUCAAGCUGUAGAGAAGUCUGGUCCUUUUGCCAGCGGUUCACUUUGUACUGAAGGUUUUGUACUCAAAGUUUUGUCGCUGUGAGACAGUAAAAUGCCUGGUCCUAUGGGUGCGCAAUAGAUUGUAUACAAUAUACAGACCAAGACGAAAGAGUCUCAAUUUGAUUUUUCUCCUUAGUCCUUGAUUAGGUUUGACUACAUGUGAUGCAGGAUUUUUUGAGCAUCUUAGAACCUUUUCCUCGAUUCACAACAAAAAUCUAGAUUUUGCUUUGAACUCUCAAGUGGAAAGGUUGUUAACAGUGACGCCUAAAACUUCUUAAGCCGCGUCUACACGAACAACCUUUCAAUAGCCCUGACCAGGAAAAACUUGUCUUGUUUUCCAUUUACACGGACAAAUUGCAAGUUACGUUUAUACGCCCCCACGCCGUUGCGGUGGUUCCCUUAAUAACUUACCCGAUUUCAGUUCAUAACUGGCAAAAUCUUUACUCCUUUUCGGAUCAAAAUGACUCAAAACUCAUAUCGUUUGGUACGGCACAUACCUAUAUAGCUUACAUACGGGAGUACCCCCUCCCUUGGGGUGUGGGAUUAGCGCUCUAAUUACUAUGCCACUCAUGGUUCCCGAUUGGUCAACUUCAUACGUAAGGAUUAUUAGCGUUCAAUCCUGGACAUAUAGUUUUGUCCUAAUUGAACAGUCCCCCGUUUAUUUCGUGCAGUGCUGCUUAGCGGGUCUGACGUUUGUUCAAACUUCAGUUUAUUCGGGUUUCUUGACAGCCGUAUAUCGUGCGAUUAUACCUACUUCCAGGGGCUAUUCUUCAACAAAUAAAUGCCAGAGGGGCUAGCCUGCAGUGCAGGCGUAUUUUGGGCGGGCGAAAGCUGCUUGAUUAUGUUCCUACUGUUGUAACCGCCAUCUUUGUUAUGUCGGGGGAAGAUUAGGGAGAGCAAAAAUAGUAACCCUAAGGGUAGGUGCUUGGGCGAAAGAAGGAAAGAGGGGAGGGGAGAAAACACUACAAAAAGACUAUUCCUAAGGUUUUCUCUUCUCUCUUCCCGCCCUUUCCCCGCUCCUUUCGACUCACCUCAUUUUCUCCCCUCUUUUCGAGUUUAAACAUGCGCUUUCGCGAGCAAAACAUUCGCUCGCCCGAAGAAAACGCCUGCACUGCAGGCUAGAGGGGCUAAUUUACAAUUAUCCUGAGAGUCAAACUUAUAAGCGGCCCUCGGUUUUCUCAAUUUUGCUUCCCAUAUUUACUGUAAAUUUGACUUUCCUUGAGUGGACAUCUCCAUAAAGCGGACACGGUCGCCCUCUACUAGGCUUCCCCGCUGGCUAAUUGUAUUGCAUUUUACCUCUAUUAAACGGUCAGCUAGCCGUAUAACAGGGCAAUGGUUUGACACGACAGUAGACAUUCCUGAAUGGUGGUCCUUGGUUGGCAUCCACCGACAGCGCACGGUCUGCAGACCCUUGUUAUAUGACCAGAGCUUUUAUUGCAGCCAACCUCAAAGAAACCCCUCCGCUUCAGGGAGAGAAUCAAAAGGAACCUCAAAUAAAGAGAAACUCCUUUCCUCUGGAUUAGUCGUCCGGGACGUUUCCGCAGCUUACAGGCCUCUUUAGGAAGCUCGCGGUCAAUGAAUCGGUCAUUCUGUUUCAACAGUUUAUACUAGAUGGGACGCUCUGCUGUUGCUGCUAAUAAUCUAGCUACUUUGUUCAGUCCAAGCAAAUUUGCCUUUUAGUUCGAUUAAGCGUUCACUGGCUGUUUCCCAAGGGUGGCUGCUUAAUAUGAUACAGGGUUGAGUAUCCUUUCCGCUUUUUGUUUCCAGGUCAUGCUAAAUGUGUGAAACUUCUUUUGGAAUAUGGUGCUGACCCAGCCGCGCGCAUGGUAGGAGGCUGGACGCCGGCUCACUGCGCGGCAGAGACUGGACGCUUCAAUGUACUCAAAGUCUUUAUCGAGCAGAAGUCCCCUGUUAUGAUCCCGGACAACUCGGGAGACACUCCGAAAAGAGUGGCAGAAAUCUAUGGACACGCGUCUUGUGUUGAACUUCUAGAAAGGUAAAUGUUUUUAGAGAAAGGCACCAGCCUUCCAAUCUGCGGCUGUUCGCAACCGAUGAGUGCAAAUGACUAUACAGCUGUCUUGGGGCCCGUUUGUAUGAAGAAAGGUUGUUCCAGGAAAGAGGUUUACCCCCCCAGCUGAGGGAGCGCGGAAAAAGUUGACCCCUGUGCCCGAGCCAAUAGCGUUCGCGCAUGCUCUGAUUGUCUCGCCUUGACCGAGCUGACCCAGCAGAGUGAGCCAAAGUGUUUAUAUGGAGUAGCCCGCGUAGCAGGCGUCAAAAGGGGAUAGGGAGGAAGAAAAAAACGGGAAGGAGAUGGAUUAAGGAGAGAGCGUAAGGGAUGCCUGCUAUAAGAACCCCCGUUUGUUCAUUUCUGCGUCCGCAAAUUCCUGAUUGGCUGAGCCGUAAUGGGUAAUUUAUUGGUGUGUAUUCUGGCAUGUAUUAGUGAGAGACAACCAUGCAUGAUGCAGGCAUUAAGGAAAUAAGUUCUACUAGCGUAAGCUUUAGAAGAUCAAAAUUACUCCAAUCAUGUAGCAACUUCACGUUGAAACCCGAACUAGAACCAACUGUAAUAGCAUUUUUAGCAGGCAGAGAUGUUCAGGAAGUUUUGUGUACUAGAUUUGUCCAAACACUGAGCUGCGAUUCGAGGCGAUUGCGAUUCUUGCCAGACAUCUGCAAUGCAGAAAUUCACAAGAGCACCGGUUAUAAUUACUCGAAGAAUUUUAGAAGCUGGACACGCGUCUUUUCCGCAAAAACAUAUACCGUCUUAAGUGAACUUCUAAAUGGUUUGUAAAGAGAGAGCUGAAGCUUUGGUUAAAACUAUUGGCGGUUGAGCCGUUUGAUAAGUGUUUACAAUUCUCCUUUCAUUAUUCGCGUCUCAGGUAGCCUGUUCGAGGCGUUCAGAUAGUAGAGCGCGGGAGAAAAAUUCACGAAGAAAAAAAAAAACAGGGGAGACUAGAGGAGGAAAGCUCGUCCCCCGUUUUCCCGGUGUAUAACGUAAAUCGCUUCUCACUUACCGCCGCGUUCUACUAUCUGAACGCCUUGAACAGGCUACUUCUCAGGCUGGCGAGUGUUCUAUUCUUUGUGACCAUUGUGACCAUUGUGACCAGUGUGUUUUUUUUUAUUUGAUGAGGUAAGACCAAAGGUCUUGUGAAUUCACACGAAACUGAUCAUUGUUUGUCGUGUUUGCUGCGGGAGCAAGAACUGUAAAAAUGUAUUAUUUUGCUCGAUUAUGAUAUCAUUUGAAACAGGCCUGCAUUUGAAAAAAUUUCCGGUAAACAAUUCUUGGUUUUCAAGUGACGUCACAAAAAUCCAAACUCCUAAAUCGCAAGUACUUUUAAGAUUUUAUGUCCAUCUAGCAGAAGAUCUCUUAAAAAUAAACUUCUGUGCAAGUUUUCAGCGUGAUAGCUAUUUUUUGUGGCCGACUUUGUACUAAGAACGCAUUUUCCGUCUGGAAGAACUUGGGCAAACAUUUGUAGUUUGUCGGGUUAUGCGUCUCAAGUAUAAAGACGGGCACAAGACGCGUUAUGUGUCUGGACGAACUUUCCUUCGAAGUACGUCUUGAACGACGCAGUACGAAAGGUAGUUCGUCUGGAUGCAUAAUGCGUUUGUGCCUGUCUCUAUACUAGAAACGCAUAACCAGAUGAACUACAAAAUGUUUGUACAAGUUCGUGCAGGCGGAUAAUGUGUCCUUAGUAUAAAAACGGCCAAUGACAAGUAUAUUAACGAGAACUUCGCUUUUAGCCCUUGCUAAAUCUGUAUAUUACGGCAGUGUACGAAAAGUUGGCGCGCCCAGGGUAGCUGGAGUAGGCCGGUGACCCUUUUACCCGGGACAGCCUUUCUAUCUAUGACCGUGGCUUUACAGUGCUGUCGCGCCCUGCUCUGUUGGCUUAGUUGUGUUGUGCUGCUGUCUUGCAAAGCUAAUUUUCUGCUAAUUUUCUGGAAUCAGCGUUACUGCCUUGUUUGUUGAUUGCAAUUUACAACUUCGUUGCUUGAUUUUUAUUGUUAUUAUUUGAGCGGCGCCCAAAUUAAGUUUCCGGGAUCGCCAGAUUCGCUUCAUGGUUGCAAUAGGUCUGCGGGCAGUACUGGGCAUAUAAAGGUAGGUCUAGUCUACGAACGAAGAAGUAUUUGCGUUUGUCGCUUCUUGCUGUCUUAGAAGUAGAAAUACAUCUGGGCUCGCAGUUUAGGGAAAGGCGCUCCCCUAAUGUAGUUUGUCAAUGGUAGGAAACAGGUGAUUUUACGAAUUGUCUUUGUUUGUUGCAAGAGUUUUUGAGAUCGUAAAUGUGGUUCAUAAGAGACAUAAUUAAAGUUGUAUGUUGUUCUCAUUUAUUUUUCGCCAAGAUGGCAGACUUGGAUCAGUCGGUAGAGCGCAUGACUGCAGAGCGGGAGGUCGCGGGUUCGUUUUACGGGUGACCACGUAAAAUGGCGGGAGACGUAAAAAAUUGUGUCGUGGUUCAGAUGAGUAAAGAGAUUGUUUCAUCACUCUCACCACCUCUAUGUACAACAAUACGCAAUUUCAAAACAAUAAACCAGUCUAAAUUUGGAGUGAAAAGGAUAGAUUCGUGGCCCAGCUACACUGAAGCAUUCAAAAUAGCCCAUGCAGGUUCAACUUGUCUAUGCUUAGCUCCAAAAAUUUAUAUUCUUACGUUGAAAAUGGAACAUAGAAUGGAAUAACUAUUUUCCCUUAUGUCUGUUGGAGAAAGGCUGCCUGGAGGCAUAAAACAUUGAGUGAGAGCGGAGGGGAAAACGCAAAACCUCCGGCCAUCCCCUUCCCUGACAUUUUCAUUUAUUUCCUUUCACGUUUUUCUGUUUUUUUUACAUGUACUCGCCCAAUUACACGCUUUCAAAGCGUCUUGUUUGUCUUUACUCUUUAUAACGACAAGGCUGGAGCCCAGCCAGGUCUCCUCUCCUGCCUCGAGAGCUGAUAAUGGAAAAGGGAAAUGAAAAAAAGCGGAUGACUAGGAUUGACAGCCGUCGGUUGCAAAGAGACUUGUUUUUUACUAAAUUUAGUAACUUAUGGUAAUACCACUGAUCGUAAUAGGCUAUAUUCACGAUGACAACUCAGGACAAGUGGCUCAAUCUUAAUGAAGAUUUCUUAGUCAUUUUCGUCAUCGCUCGUCGUUCAAAGAAAAAAACUGAGUGUCCAACUGUCCAAACGACGUUUCAGCGCUUGGACAACAAAUUAUUUCACGAAGGUAAAAAAUGUUCAUUUUUGGCCAUUUCUUUUUCUCUUUUUUCAGUGUCGAAGAGUCGCCAGUACAGAAGCAACUUCUUAUUCGCGACAAGUUUCGCACCAAGACAAGGAAGAUUUCACGAAUAGUAGCUGAGAAAGGCCUCGAGGGUCUUCAGGAUAAGGCCAUAGAACCUGCAAGCUAAUGGUUGGUGAUUUUUUCCUCCGUCUAAAAUUUCUUAUGGUCUACUUGUUACAUUUGCUAUCAGAAUAUGUCUUUAAAAUCGUUGCAUCAGAAGCAGUCAUUCUUGGUGCUAACAGAUUUAGGGUGACCUCGCCGAGUAACUCUUGAAUUAUGUGAGGACAUGAGAACAACUCAGAAAAGCUCCGUGAGUUUGUUUGGGGAAUUGACGCUAGACAAACGCAAGCGCCACAUCAAAAGUCGCGUGUGCUGGUUAUAGAUGACUUCAUUUGACAAGGAUGCUUUUUCUUCCUGGUUAAAUGAACCGCGAUAUCUUUAUCAUCAACGUUAGUUUACAUCAAGUCUAGUCAUGGCGGUUCUUCUUGUCCAGUUCUACAGUUUAGUGGAGGCUCCUCAACUCGCUCACCAUCAGAGUCUCUUUACUUUUGUCAGAGCUAACGAUUAUAUUCUCCAUGUAUUUUGGCAUGUAUUAUCUUUUAUUAUUAAGAGGUGCUUUGCGUCGGAACAUCGUCACUUUGAAUUGCUGCGAAAGCAUGGGCCUCUGUCGACUCCUGGAGAAACAGGUAAUCGAAGCCUACGCGUGGGCAAGCGGGAAUUAGGGCACGAAAGAUAGUCCACGUCAGUAGUUGGUAUAGUCAAACCGGGGGUCCUGGUCUAAGCUAUCGUCAGUUAUCUAUGAAUGCAAGAAAUGCGUAUCUUACCAACCCUGGCGAACUUCGGUGUUGCACCGCUCAAGUUAAGCCCUGCUGGUAGCGGUUAGAAACCGGAUGGGUGAUCAGCCGCGAAUAUCUUGCUGUAGGGACCGUCCUACUUUUUUUCUCUCUUGUCUUAUUCUUUUAUUUCGCGCUUUGGUAUUCAAAGCCUCGUGAAUCUUUAUAUUAUGACAAAUUUACCGAAUUAACUGAGAUGUAAAAAUCGAAAUACCAUUGAUAAUUUACGAUUCCGCGUAGCAAGACAUGCAGUUUCGAUUGAACCGUUCCCAUGAUUCUGCUUCAUUCUUUUGCUGUAUGAAAGGAGCUCUUGACAGGAUCUUCACGUUACCGCGACUGUAAACAACGCAUCUACCCACCGAUAUAAGCCCGCAUUGGCCAAGCUCAGAGUACUUUGAUUUUCAACACAAAAGUUGUGAUUGUUUACAUCCGGAGCCCGCAUAUAAGAGCACUUCCUACGUUCAAAAGAAACGGUUGCUGCUAAAUUCAUGGCGGUUUGAAUUAGAAGUUUGCAUGAAACACUUGUAAAACACUAUUGUACCACAUUUUAAAUUAUACAUUAUCAGAGUUUUAAACUUGUCAUGACAGGAUUAGUUUUGUACAAAGG